AGGGUGCGCCACACAGCUGGACCGCGCGCCGCAGCUGGUCAGCUAUGGAGACAAGAGCGCGGCGGCGCCCGCACCUUCUCCCGCUGCUGCUGCUGCUGCAGCUCUGCGGGGAGUGUCCCCCCGUGGGCGGCUGCAAUGAGAAGCACAUGCUGGCCGUGCUACCCCACUGCGGCAAGACCUUUGCUGAAAGGAUGAAGAAGGUGGAGGUCUGGAAGUGGUGCAACUUGUCGGAGUUCAUCGUGUACUACGAGAGCUUCACCAACUGCACCGAGGUGGAGACCAACGUGGUGGGCUGCUACUGGCCCAACCCCUUGGCGGAGAGCUUCAUCGCUGGGGUCCACAGGCGGUUCUUCCAAAACUGCUCCGUGGCCAGGCACCACUGGCAGGACCCCCCAGACGGAAUUCUCAUCCCGCUCAUCGCAGCGCCCAUCCUGCUGACCAUCGCCAUGACUGGCGUGGUGGUGUGGCGCAGCAAACGCACCGCCCAGGUGGUGUGAGGGCCCGGUGAGUCCGAGGGGCCCCGCCUGGAGAAGCGGAGGAAAGUUCUCCAGGGCUGGGAGAGCCGGUGGACACUCUUCGGCUGCCCCCCACCCUGCCUGGGCGGCCUUUGGGCUGGUGAAAGAAAACGUGCCGCGGCUGGAGCCUGCGUGCUGGGCACAAGUCACCGCUGCUUCGCCCGCGCUGUCCCAGGCUGGGCUGGGGCCUCGGGGUUCCUAGCACUGAGUCCCGCGGUGCCGCAUCUGCAGCCCCGGCCAGACCCCGACCCCGCCUCCCAACUGACUCUACCCCUGGCCCCAGCCCAGCCCUGACUCCACCCCUUGGCUCUGACUCCACCCCUUGGCUCUGACUCCACCUGUGGCCCUGGCCGCACCCCCAGCCCUGACCCCACCCCCAGCCCUGGCCCCACCUCCCACUCUGACUCCAUCCCCAGCCCUGGCCCCACCUCCAACUCUGACUCCACCCCAGCCCUGGCCCCACCCCAGUCCUGACCCCACCCCCAGUCCUGGCCCCACCUCUCACUAUGACUCCACCCCCAGCCCUGGCCCCACCCCGGCACUGCCCUGGAAAGGUGUGCCUAUUCCCACCUGGCUGGGGGUCGGGGGAAGAGAGAUUGGGAGGGGGUUUUUGUAGGUCCUCGCUUGGCAGGCCUUGAGUCCUCUUGGUAGGGAGCCCACCUAGAGAUCUGGAAGACUGAGGGUUGGGUUGGGGGUUCCAAGGAGCCACAGCACAGCCUGAGAUCUGCUGUCUGGGGCCACCACCAGGGGCUGGAGCUGGGAUGGGCUUCCUUCCUAACGGCCCCCCGGUGUGAGCACGGCCUCGGGGCGGGGUCCCGUGCGCUCUCGUUCUGGCUGAGCUCUGUCUGCCAUGUCUGUGCUUUCUCUGAGUAAAGAGUCAUGCUACUUC